CAAAACUGAAGACUCACCCACUCAAAACUACUACACCCAAAAAAAUUGUUUGUAGCUUUUUCUUGGCACCGUCGAAUUAUCACGGCUGGCUCGUCAAUCUCAGAAAAGAUUUUUGUGGGUUAAUAUAAAUAUUCAAUCUUGCUGGGUUUUGUUUGAGCUAAUUGGAAAAGGCUUUGAUGCUGGGCGUCGGUUGAAUUGGGUCGCCGCCGCCGCCACCGCCGCCGUAUUGAAUAGCAUUCCCCAGUGUUCAUACUAGCUGUUUAUGUUUAGGUAUAUGAUGCUGUACACUUCUUUCAGUGAUUGGAUCAGCGCGUUUCUUGCCUGCAUGGGGUACGUUUUCCUGUUCUCCAUCUCUUCUUUCCGUUUUCUUGUUUCUUAAAUGGUAAAGUUGCAUCUUUGUUUAAUUUGAGGUUUCACUUUUCCUGGGGAAAAUUGGAAAUUUGGCAUUUUAUUUAUGUGUAAUGUAUCUGUAUGUCUGUGUGUUGAUGAUUCGGAAAUGAUGCUCGAUUUCGAAACUGACUGAGGAUGGGUGUUCUCUUGGUUUUUCCAUUCCUUAAGGACACUGUAUUUAAUGCCUGUUUCCAUUGUGUUUAGCUGUCUUUGGAUUUGCUCCUUUUUAUUGGUGCCUCUUUGUUUUGCCUCGUAAAGUGAAGCAGUCAUUAUCGGAAUUUUCUGCAGUUAGCAUUUUCCAAAUAUAAAAAAAGUGCAAAUUCUGUAGUGGAAUUACACAUUGAUGUCUAUCACACAGAGAGAGAAAUACAUUUUCUUAUUAUCUAUCAAAGUGGAUGAUUGAAUUACAAGAGGUGGACAGUAGUACUGAUGGAGGAUUUCACAUUCAGAUGGUAAAUUCUGAGCAUAUUUCAUAUGGAAAUGAUAAUCAGUAUAGUUGAUUAGCUUUGUAGCCAGGCCCUGUUCUAGUUUCAGGUUUCCUUGAAUAAAACCUUUGAUUACUAGGAGGUAACUCUAACAGGAUAUGGUUAAUGCAUUCCUUUCUCUGGAGUUCAAUAGAGGGUAUGAGCGCAAGUCAAUGUCCGGUUGUUGCUAUGCAGUAUUUUACUGCAGAAAGAAGUGACUACUGAGUAAUGUAUGAUGGUAGCUAUUAGCAAUAUUGAAGUGAUGUGCGAUUGAAGUAGUGAGUAUUCACCUAUUAAUUUUGAAAGAUUUGUGUUUAGCAAAGAGUCAAGAAACCUUUUGCCAUGGAAGUGGCGAAUGUAGUUACUUGUAGUGGUGUGUUGAUUUCUCUCAUUGGUGAUAGGCGACAUUCUCUUUUCAUUUCAGGCUGCAGUUGCUUAUUGCCACAAUUUUUGAUCUUGCAUUUUGGAUUUGAACUUAUUGUUGAUCAUCUGAAAAACGUAAAUUAUCAAUUUUGAAGAAUUCCUGUAGAUAUGAGUGAUAACUGGAAGUCUGCAAUCAAACAUCUCCAUGAGGCCUGAAGUUGUACUUUUAUCUGAACAUAUUAGUAAAUUUCAGCUACUUCGUAAUCGCUAAGUACAUGUUUAAUGAAUGGUCGACAGUUUUCAUGGUCUUUGUUGUAUGCAUGAAUAAACUUGAAUUGAAACAGAACAGGAACUGUUUUGGCUGCUGCGUCAAAUCUCAGCCAAUUAUUGCGGUUGAUGAGCCAUCAAAGGGGCUCAGGAUUCAAGGACGGCUAGUGAGGAAACCAAGCAUAUCUGAAGAUUUUUGGAGCACCAGUGCCUGUGAAAUUGAGAACAGUAUGGCUCAAUCUCAGAGAAGUUUGUCAUCUAUCAGUGUAUCGAAUCAGAGCACCAGUCAGCAAGGUGGCACUGUCAACAGCACUAACCACUCCGAAUUUGUCAAUCAUGGUUUUCUCCUUUGGAACCAGGGAAGAAUUCAUUGGACUGCAAACAAAAUGCCUGAAAGACACAAACAAGCUGAGGAACCCAUAUUAAGGUGUAUAUGCCUUUCUUCUCAUUCAAAUUUUCUGGUGCAUAUUUCAAGUUCCACAAUCAUUUUCCUGUAAAGUGGAUCACGUUCUGUUGAUUUAGUUUGUGCUAUCAUCUGACUUGAGCAUUUGUGAUCGUCUAAGAAAAUACUAUCUACGUUGAGCUGUAGACAUAUAAUAACUUCUUGACUAGAGUACAUGUUAAUCUUUUGUAGUUUUUCCAUCGUAAGAAAAUAUCAAAAGGGAGUAUGUUAUCUUGUUCUUCAUUUCUCCUCAUCAUCCUGUAUUCUCUUGUUUUGAUAUCAUUCGAGCCCAUAGUCUAACUCUGUCUUCUUGUAGCUGGAAUGCAAGUUACGAAAGCUUACUGGGCACCAACAAGCGAUUUCCCCAACCUAUUCCUCUCGCUGUAAGUGUUUUGUGACUUCUUGGUUGUUUUCACCUUAACAUUGAUGAAUGGACUUCAUUAUAAACACAGUAUAGAAAUAGUGACAAUUGAAGUGAUUUGAUUGAUAGGAAAUGGUGGAUUUUCUCGUUGAUACAUGGGAGCAGGAAGGCUUGUAUGAUUAGGGAUGCCUCUGCUGCACUGCACAAAGGCACCUAUUUCAAUUAGCGUUUGAGAUGUGCUGUACCAUUUCUCUUUUAGGCUUGAUUGUAUAGUUUCCCGAAGGGAGAUAGAAAGUGAAAGGCAAGAAUAGAAAAAAUUGAGAAAAUAAUUACCUUUUAUGGCUAUUCUUUUGUUUGCGUAAGCAUUAUGCCUCUAUGAUCAGUAUCAUAUACAUGGAGCAUUUUGAGGCCUUCUACUGGGCUUCUAAACAAGAUGCAUUUGUUGAUGGGUUUCUGUACAUAUUAAACCAAAAUAUCACUUGCAAUUCUUAUGUUUGCUGUAGUGGGUUUUGAGCUUCAAACUUACUGCUCUAUCUGGCCAUUAGACGGAAAAAGUUUGCUUCUCUUAGGAGUUGGGAAUGCUUGUUCAUCUUCAGACCCUA